AUGGGAAACUUCUGUCGGAAGCAUUGCGUCUGCUUGACACCCUGUGUGCCUUGCAUAUUCUCAGGGGCAGAAGAUAGGCCGGAUCCGAAGGGCGUCCUCGUCAUCACCAACCCUGGUGUGGUAGAAGACGUCUUCCAAACAGUGCAUAAAGAUGGAGACAAGAUAAAAGAGAAACCUUUGCCGCCGCUACCCGAGCAGCAUCUGGUGAAUGUUUGCAGAUUUGUUGCGCUUUUUGACUAUGAGGCUCGCACUGACGAGGACUUGAGCUUCCAGGCUGGGGAUAAGCUUCAAGUGUUGGAUGCUUCCCAUGAAGGUUGGUGGUACGCUAGGCUCCUCCUGCCAAAGGGGUCGGUCUCUCCGGGCCGCAAGCUCCAGGGCUACAUCCCUGCCAACUACGUAGCUGCUGAUCAGAGCAUUGAAGCAGAACCAUGGUUUUUUGGUCCAAUCAAACGAGCAGAUGCAGAGAGACAACUGUCAUAUCCUGGAAACCAGGCAGGAGCCUUCCUAAUCCGAGAAAGUGAAAGUCUAAAAGGCGAAUUCUCACUAUCAGUUUUUGAUGGUGAAUCUGUGAAGCAUUACAGGAUCAAAAGGCUGGAUGAAGGAGGCUUUUUCCUAAGCAGACGGAAAACUUUUAAAACUCUGAGUGAGUUUGUUGACUAUUACAGUAAGAACAGUGACGGCCUCUGCGUGACACUUGGGAAACCAUGUCUUAAGGUGCAAAUUCCUUCUACUUUUGAUUUGUCUUAUAAAACUGUGGAUCAGUGGGAGAUAGACCGAAAAUCUCUGAAAUUCUUGAAAAAAUUAGGAUCUGGUCAGUUUGGUGAGGUAUGGGAAGGACUGUGGAAUAAUACCACCCCUGUGGCAAUUAAAACAUUAAAACCAGGUUCAAUGGAUCCAAAGGACUUUCUGAGAGAAGCACAAAUAAUGAAGAACUUGAGACAUCCAAAGCUAAUACAGCUUUAUGCUGUUUGUACUUUAGAGGAUCCAAUUUUUAUUAUUACUGAGCUGAUGAGAUACGGAAGUCUUCUAGAAUACCUUCAAAAUGAUGCAGGCUCCCAAAUCUGUCUGACACAUCAGGUAGACAUGGCUGCUCAGGUGGCUUCAGGAAUGGCUUACCUUGAAUCCCAGAACUAUAUUCAUCGGGACUUGGCAGCCAGGAAUGUUCUUGUUGGUGACCACAAUAUUUACAAAGUGGCAGAUUUCGGGCUUGCAAGAGUUUUUAAGGUAGAAAAUGAAAAUAUAUAUGAAGCUAGGCAUGAAACAAAACUCCCAGUGAAAUGGACAGCCCCUGAGGCAAUCCACCACAAUAAAUUCAGCAUUAAGUCUGACGUGUGGUCGUUUGGGAUACUUCUUUUUGAAAUAAUCACUUAUGGAAAGAUGCCCUAUGCUGGUAUGGCAGGACACCAGGUGAUCCAGAUGCUGGAUAAGGGAUACAGACUUCCUCAGCCAGACAACUGCCCAAAGUUGCUCUACGAUAUCAUGCUGCAGUGCUGGAAGGCGGAGGCCAAGGAACGUCCUACAUUUAAAACCUUGCAGUGGCAACUGGAAGACUAUUUUGAAGUGAAUGGUUCAUCCUAUGCAGAUACACAUACUAUUUUAAAGUGAACCCUGAUGCCAGGGCUGAGGAAAAAACUGAUGAUCAUUUCAAUGAACCUGACUGGAAGGGUUGCUGUGAAAUCAAUUUAACCUCAAAUGUAGAGCAAGCGAUUAUUAGAUGA